AUGGAUCCGCUGCAGCAACCUGUCUCGGAGGUCCUUGCUGUUGCGGAGCCGCAGCAACCUCCUGUGGAAGGCCAAGCGCCGGAGGCAUCUGCGCCGCCAGAAGCCCUCUCAUCCGAACACCAACCUCUGGAGGACCCGGCGCUGGCGCCUGUCAGUGUUAAUGUUGAGGAACCAGUCCCAGCCGAUCAGCCUGCCGGCCACGUAGGCGUGGACAACGGCUACAACAGCGACUCCAAGGCCCACUAUCACUCGCGCUCGACUGACUUCCACCACUCUGCUCCUGAAUACACCCCCCAAGAUGCCGAUCCUGCGCCAACCAGCAGCCUCAGCCGCACCCCUCCAGACCUGGCUCGGGGGUUCUCCAGUGGCGCGGAACGACAUGCGCUGUCUCAGCAGCCCCAGCCCGCGGAAGCUGCCCAACGACAAGCCUCGCAGUCCUCGAAGAAUAGCGUUGUCAUCAAGGUCGGCAUGGUUGGCGAUGCGCAAAUCGGGAAGACCAGUCUGAUGGUCAAAUACGUGGAGGGCAGCUGGGAUGAGGACUACAUUCAGACAUUGGGUGUCAACUUCAUGGAGAAGACCAUCUCAAUUCGCAACACCGAGAUUACAUUUUCGAUUUGGGACCUUGGUGGCCAACGCGAGUUUGUGAACAUGCUUCCGCUUGUCUGCAACGACGCCGUGGCCAUUCUUUUCAUGUUCGAUCUUACCCGCAAGAGCACCCUCAACUCCAUUAAGGAAUGGUAUCGCCAAGGUCGGGGCUUCAACAAGACCGCCAUUCCGUUCUUGGUUGGUACCAAGUACGACCACUUUGUCAAUUUUCCCCGGGAGGACCAAGAGGAAAUCUCACUUCAGGCUAAGCGAUUUGCGAAGGCGAUGAAGGCCAGCUUGAUCUUCAGUAGCACCAGUCACAGUAUCAACGUGCAGAAGAUCUUCAAGAUCGUACUGGCUAAGGCAUUUGACCUCAAGUGUACCAUCCCCGAGAUCGAGAACGUCGGUGAGCCGCUGCUCUUGUACAAGAACGUUUAG